CCACGAGCCCUGCCCAGGCCCCGCUGCCACCGCCCUGCAUGGCCGCGGAGCCCCGCCCCGCCAAUCACCGCCCGCGCCGCGCCGCGGCCUCGGCCAAUGGCGCUCCGAGGAGCGACCGCUUCCCUGCGCGCCGCUUAAAAGCCACGCGCCGGCGCCUCUCGCCCCCGCGCCCCUGCUGGCCGAUGGAGACGUCACGCGGUCUCGCAGUGCACUCUGGGGGAUGUAGUCCGGGCUGCCCCCCCCCCCCGCCGCGUCUCAGCAAGGGGCUCGGCGGGCGGGGCCGUAAGUCAAACACAGCUAUGCAAACGCAAAAUGAUAGUUUUUUUUUUUUUACAGUCACACACACAAAACCACAUUUUUUUUACAGUCGCACAAAAAGACACGCGUGCCUUGUCCCAAAUCGGAGCAACAACACUUGCUUGGGGUUUUCUCCUGGUCUUUUCCCAAAGAAUGAAAUGGUUUUAACAAAACCAAAACCAAGCCAACCAACUAGCACCGCCGAAACAAACCAAGAAGCCUAUUUCAACCUAAAAAGAAUUUUAGCUGAUAAGAAAGUGUUCUGGUGAAAGCGUGUCCCCCGAUCCAAGCGAUGUGGGUGACCAGAACCACGGCGGAACGCACAGAACCCAGCGCCUCCGCCAGGCAAACGCCCCGUCCCGAGGCCAGCACCCCGUCCUGAGGCGAACACCCCGUCCUGAGGUGGGCACCCCAUCCCGAGGCCAACACCCCGUCCCGCCUUAUCAGCGCCCUGGUAGCUGCCCACGCAGUCACAUGACGGCCAUGUCUGUACCAAACAAAGGGCCGCCGUGCACCGCGACAGGACAGGGGCCGACGGCGCCGUGGAGCCGGGUGGCGGGCGAGCAGGGCUUGCUGCCUCACCGCUGCGCACGCUGCCGCUGGCCCUGCAGCUACCUGGCCUCAGCCAGGCAAGCAGGGGCACCCCCAGCAGGGCUGAUGCCACAGCAGCGGAGUAGCGGGGUGGCCAGCGCAGCUCCCUUCCUGCUGAGAAGCUGCCACCCCUGCUGCUUGCCAAAUCUGCCCCUCCACCAGGGCUGAAAUCUUCCACCAGGUCAGGAAAAGCCAAGGGACAUCCGUCAGGCUGCGUGUGCCAAGAAGAGCCAGCGCGGAGAGGAAGCGGUGCGGGGCACGUGAGUGGUGUGGUGAGUGGGUGGCUGUCAGGGGGGUUCUCCAUGAGCAGAGGGAGCAGCUGAAGCUGAUUUCCCCUGUGGGUUCUUACGGGUGUCUGACCGUUCCUGGGCUGACAUUGGAGCUUUUCUUGAUUCCUCACCAAGCUCCCAUACGCUAUGCUUGAUGACGGCUGAGCUCAGGUCACUGCCUCCCCUUUCCCUGGGGCACUUACCGAGUCUGUCUUUGACUUCAGGUUUGUUUUCACGUGAGUGGGGAGACCGUAAAAGUUCUACCAGCCUAUAUUCAGGAGCAGACAUGCGCAACACUGUCAGGCUGUCACAGUUAGAGCAGUGUCACCUCCAGGGCCUGGGCCACCUAUUGCUGUUGCUCGUCCAGGUGGCAAUGCCCUCCCUACGCUGGGGGUGUGCUGCUAGCUGUCCUGGCCACAAUGCGUAGGCAGUUGAGCCCAUCUGGCUCAGGAUCUUGGUGGUUACAUCCCACCAUGCUGGGGAGCCAAUACUGCAUGAACCUUACAGCUGUUAAAUAGAACAGCCACAUGUGGCCCCAGAGCCAGCGGGAGAUGCAGGAUUUCAGUUCGUGUCUCUUAGGAGUGCUGGCCUGGAGCACGGAGCAUGGGGACCAGAGACUAUGCUGAGUUUCAAGGGGCUGAGCUGCAGGUACAGCUCCGCAAGCUCUGGCUCAAGCUCCUAACCCUCAUAUCGGUCAAACUUGGCCUUACAGGUUUUACUGUGUGGUUUCUGUCCCCAUCUUGCAGAUGAAGAUGCUCUUUAUGAUUUUAUUCUGCUUUAGCUUAGAUGUAUCACUUGAGCUAAUGCCAAUCCUUGUGAGGACGUGCAGAGGCUGAAACAACAAACCCAAAGAGAUGUGUAGAAAUUCAUACAAGCCAGGGUCACUACUGGAAUUUUUCAGCAAAAAAUUCCUCUCAGCUCUGUCUCCAGCUGUGCCAGCCCCUGGCACACAGACAGGUCUCCCCUGAGAUGUGCUGCACUCUGAUACAGCUCCCAGACAAAGGCCCCAGAUGGGGAUCAGCUUGGUGGUGACUUCUGACAUCACAGGCAGAACCACUAGGGCCUGACCUCCCAUGUUGUCAGAGCCCAAACCCAUCUUGUAUUAAAACAUGCAUCUUAAAAUUUGUGCGGAGCCUAAUGAUGAGUUCACAACUGUCUGAGCUGCUGCUGGGGCAUGAAGGUGUUUGAGGUGUCUCUCUGCUUCACCUUACCCAAGUGCUGAGCACACUUUGUUCAUCUGUGCUUACUUUGCUCUUUGCAAUAGGAGUGAUCUCCCACCUGUUUUUCCCAGGCUAGGUCUGUGCUGCCAUGCUAAAAGGUGGCAGCAUGGCUCGGAGGAUGAGCAUCGAUGAGCUGGAAGACCAGCUCCUCUGUCCCAUCUGCCUGGAGGUCUUCAAGGAGCCCUUGAUGCUGCAGUGCGGGCAUUCUUACUGCAAGUCGUGCGUGGUGUCACUGUCUGGAGAGCUGGAUGGGCAGUUCCUGUGCCCCGUGUGCCGCCAAACCGUGGACUGCAGCGCCUCGCCACCCAACGUCACACUGGCCCGUGUCAUUGAGGCACUGCAGAGCUGGGGCGAGGCAGAGCCCACCCCAGAGUCCUGCCCAACACACCACAACCCCCUCAGCCUCUUCUGUGAGACUGACCAAGAGGUGAUCUGUGGGCUGUGCGGCACCAUCGGCAACCACCGCCAGCACAAGAUCACCCCCAUCUCUACCACGUACUGCCGGAUGAAGGAGGAGCUGUCUGCGCUGUUAACUGAUGUCCACCGGUACAAGAGGAACCUGGAUGAACACUUCAGCAAGCUCAUCAACAACAAAAUCCGCAUUGCAAACGAGGCGGAUGUCUUCAAGUGUGUGAUCCGGAAGGAGUUCCAGGAGCUGCACAGAUACAUUGAUGAGGAGAAGGCCACCUUCCUGGAGAGCGUUGAGGGGAAGGCAGCCCAGCUCAUAACCUCCAUCGAGUCCCAGGUCAAGCAGACAUCAGACGCCCUGCAGAGGCUGAAGGAGAUACAUAGCUCUCUGGAGACGCUCGGCAACGAAAGCCAGCUUGAUUUCAUCCGUAAAUACAGCUCCUCCCAGUUCAGGUCAGAGCUUCCCAGCCUGCUCCCAGGUGAUGGCAUCUUUAGCCCCAUUUCCUUCAAGCCGUGUUUCCACCAAGAUGAUAUCAAGAUGACCGUUUGGAAGCGGCUGCACCGCCACGUCCUGCCAGCUCCAGAGAUGCUGAAACUGGACCCGGUGACAGCGCAUCCCCUCCUGGAACUCUUCAAGGGUGACACAGUGGUGCAGUGUGGGCUCUACCAGCGCCGGGACAGCAACCCCAAGCGUUUUGACUCCAGCAACUGCAUCCUCACCUGCAAGGGCUUCUCCUGCGGCCAGCACUACUGGGAGGUGAUAGUGGGCACCCGCAACCACUGGCGCGUGGGCAUCAUCAAGGGCACGGUCAGCCGCAAAGGGAAGCUCAGCAAGUCUCCCGAGAACGGCGUGUGGCUCAUCGGCCUCAAGGAAGGCAAAGUCUACGAGGCCUUCAGCACCCCGCGGGCCACCCUGCCGCUGACCGCCCGGCCGCAGCGCAUCGGGAUCUACCUGCACUACGAGAGGGGCGAGCUGACCUUCUACAACGCCGACAGCCCCGACGAGCUCAGCCCCAUCUACACCUUCCAGGCGGAGUUCCAGGGCCAGCUCUACCCCAUCGUGGACCUGUGCUGGCCGGAGCGGGGGCCCUACUCGCCCCCCAUCAUCCUGCCCCCCCCUGGCGCCCCCCGGCGCCCCCAGGGGCCGUGCCGCCAGCCGGCCCCCGAGGCGCCCGCCAAGCCCUAG